AUGUCAGUGGUACUACGCCCAGUCAAAGCAGCACUGAAUCGCGCACACGGUGCGUUCAGCCUCGAGCUGAAGAACGAAGGCAGCGUUGCUCGUGAUCAUCUUGCAUCGGAAAGGACGUUCCUAGCAUGGCUUCGCACCAGUCUCAGUCUGGUCAGCAUUGGCAUCGCUGUCACACAACUCUUCCAGCUUCCCUCGCUCGUCGGCUCACCCACUGCCAAACAGCCCAACACCGGAAGCUAUCUGAGCUUUCAGGAAGAUCCUGUCGUUGACUGGUCAGAAGCUCCACCGCAUGUCCUUCUUUCACGUAGACUGGAUAGCAUUGCCAAGUUAGGAAAGCCGUUGGGUGGAUCAUUCAUUUUGCUCGGUGUCAUCGCUCUUCUCCUCGGGUGUUACCGCUACUUUGCAGUACAAGCAACACUGGUUCGCGGCAAGUUUAUACCCACAAGAUUCGGAAUCUCGGUCAUUACGUUUCUUGUUGGUGCAUUAGUGGUCGCUGCGACUGCUGUAAUCCUGGCUGGCCGGCACAGCUAUUGA